GUCGUCGCUGGGGGAACGGCGUCUUAGAGACGCCGGAUGGGCAGCGCCUCGGAGACCCCUCGGCUUGGGGUCCGCGCACUCGGGUGCCGGCCCGGCUCGGCGGAGAGUCCAGGAGGGGGCCCGGGCAAAUAUGGUCUUUUGAUUCAUCUGGAAAAAUAGAUCGAAAAUAAAUUUCUCACAGGGCUCAUCACAGAUUACUGAAAGGACCGAGAUCACUGCUCAGUGACAAAAGCAUGGGCUUACCGUCCUCACUCUUCAGGGAGAGAAUGUGGACUCGAGCAUUUGAGUUGACUAUCUGAAAGAUUUCUGAAGAGGAUUUAAUGUGCAAAAUGGCGAUUAUACCAGAUUGGCUUAGGUCGCAUUCUCGCGCACGGAAAUUUACACAUUCAAGACCCCAUUCUUCACCAUGUAGAGCAUAUUCAAGGAAUGGUUCCCCAAAUAUGUUCAGAUCUUGUUCACCCACAGCUGUUGCCAAUCCAACGCUGUCCUCCUUAGAUGUUAAACGGAUUUUAUUUCAAAACAUUACCGACAGAGGGGAUGAGCUGAAAAAGGUCUUUCAGCUGCUUGAUACUGGUCAGAACUCGACGGUGUCAAAGAGUGAACUGAGAAGAAUUAUCACAGACUUCCUGAUGCCGCUCACACGAGAACAGUUUCAGGACGUGUUGGCUCAGAUCCCCCUCAGCACCUCUGGUACUGUACCGUACCUUGAUUUUCUGUCCAGGUUUGGUGGAAUUGACCUACAUAUAAAUGGCAUAAAGAGGGGAGAUGAGAAUGAAACGAAUUGCUGCCGCACGUUAAGAGAACUUGAAAUCCAAGUUGGAGAAAAGGUUUUCAAAAACAUUAAGACUGUUAUGAAAGCCUUUAAGCUCAUUGAUGUUAACAAGACUGGACUGGUUCAACCGCAGGAGCUAAGAAGGGUUCUGGAGACCUUCUGUUUGAAGUUGAGAGACGAGGAAUAUGAAAAGUUUUCGAAACACUACAACGUCCACAAAGAUACUGCAGUAGAUUACAAUGUGUUUUUGAAGAAUCUCAGCAUCAAUAAUGACUUGAACCUUAAAUAUUUUGUGGGAAAUCAAGAGGUCUCAUUGGAGGAUCAACAAGCCAAAAAUUCCAAAAAGGAGCGUUUGCUCAGUUCUGCAUCAUCUGAAGAUAUCUGGAGAAACUACUCAUUGGAUGAAAUUGAGAGGAACUUUUGUCUAGAACUUUCGAAGUCCUAUGAAAAGAUUGAAAAGGCCCUCAGUGCAGGGGACCCCUGUAAAAGUGGCUACGUGUCUUUUAAUUACCUAAAGAUUGUCCUCGACACCUUUGUAUACCAGUUACCAAGAAGAAUUUUUAUCCAGUUAAUGAAAAGAUUUGGACUUAAAGCCACCACUAAAAUCAGCUGGAAGCAAUUUCUAACAUCAUUUCAUGAGCAUCAGAGGCUGGAAAUUAACAAUAAAGGCUCCCUGACAAAAAGAAAUAGCAUCGACUCUAGAAAUGAACCUCACAAGGAAAACAUCAUCACAAAGUUAUUUAGACACACUGAAGACCGCCCUGCAUCCCUGAAGAAAGCAUUACUGAUCAUCAACACCAAACCCGAUGGACUGAUAACAAGGGAAGAAUUUCGACAUAUUCUAAAUUGUGUGGCCGUAAAACUAAGUAAUUUGGAAUUCAAAGAGUUAAUGCAGACACUUGACCCUGGGGACACUGGAGUGGUCAACACCAGCAUGUUGAUUGAUCUGGUUGAAGAGAACUCUAGGAUGAGAAAAAAAUCUCCCUGUACAGACACGAAGACACCUCUCCUCCUGGCCUGGGAUUCAGUGGAAGAAGUUGUCCACGAUACAAUUGCUAAGAACCUACAAGCUUUUUACAACAUACUAUGCUCAUAUGACCGUGGAGACACGGGGCUCAUUGGCCGAAAUAAUUUCAAGAAAAUCAUGCACGUAUUCUGCCCAUUUUUAACGAACGCACAUUUCAUAAAACUCUGCAGUAAGUUUCAGGACAUUGCUUCAGGAAGAAUCUUUUACAAGAAACUUUUGGCGCACGUAGGAAUCGAUGGCCCACCCACCGUCUCUCCAGUUCUCAUUCCAAAGGACCAGCUGUCAAAUGAACAUUUACAAAAAGAUGAGCAGCAGCAGCCAGGUCUUUCCAAGAGAACCAAGGCCACUGGGGAUCAAACCACCCCAACCAAGAAGAUGACCAAAGAAGAAGUUAUUGAAAAAUUGAAAAACUGUAUACAGCAGCAGGACGCAGCAUUCAAAAGACGAUUUCUUGACUUCAGCAAGGAGCCUAAUGGAAAAAUUAACAUGCAUGACUUUAAGAAGGUACUGGAAGACACUGGGAUGCCCAUGGAUGAUGAUCAGUACGCCCUGCUGGCCUCUAAAAUAGGCUUUGAAAAGGAAGGGAUGAGCUAUCUUGAUUUCGCGGCAGGAUUUGAAGACCCUCCAAUGAGAGCGCCGGAAGCCCGUCCGCCGCUGCAGCCUCCAACUCCUUCAGAAAGUUACGUGGACAGCCACUUUAUCACGGCAGAAGAGUGCCUGAAGCUUUUCCCCAGGAGGCUGAAGGAGUCAUUCCGGGACCCCUACUCUGCCUUCUUUAAAAUCGACACCGACAGGGAUGGCAUCAUCAGCAUGCACGACCUUCACAGAUUGCUUCUGCACCUGCUGCUCAAUCUCAAAGACCAAGAGUUUGAGCGCUUUCUCGGCUUCCUUGGCCUGAGACUCAGCGUCACUUUAAAUUUUCGGGAGUUUCGAAAUCUGUGUGAGAAGAGACCAUUGAGAACAGACGAAGCACCUCAAAGACUCGUUAGACCAAAACAGAAGGUCGCGGAUUCAGAACUAGCUUGUGAACAGGCUCAUCAGUAUCUUGUUACCAAAGCAAAAAGCAGAUGGUCAGACUUGUCUAAGAAUUUUCUAGAAACCGAUAACGAGGGCAACGGCAUUCUCCGGCGCCGGGACGUAAAGAAUGCGCUGUACGGUUUUGAUAUUCCCCUCACACCAAGAGAGUUUGAAAAGCUCUGGGCAAGGUACGACACGGAGGGAAGAGGGCACAUUACCUACCAGGAAUUUUUACAGAAAUUGGGUAUUAACUAUUCACCUGCUAUCCAUCGGCCCUGCAUGGAGGAUUAUUUCAACUUCAUGGGUCAUUUUACAAAGCCACAGCAGCUACAGGAAGAGAUGAAGGAGCUGCAGCAGGGCACAGAGAAGUCUGUGCCAGCCGGGGAUAAGCUUAUGGACCAUUACCAAGAUGUCAGCAAAGCACUCACCAAAAUCGAUAAAUCCAAAACCAACUACAUAUCCAUAUGCAAGAUGCAGAAAGUGCUGGAAGAAUGUGGCUGUUCUCUUACAGAAGAGGAGCUGACCCAUCUGCUAGACAGCUGGGGAGUCAGCCGGCGUGAGAAUUCCGUCAACUGCCUCGACCUCCUGAGCGCGCUGGAGAGCCGCACGUCCGGGGAAAAAGGAGCGAGCGCGCCCGUCAACUUCGCAACGCUGACCCCGCAGGAGGCCGUGAGGGGCGUCCGCGACGUGGUGGAGUCCGCCCGCCCGGCCCUGUCCGCGGCAUUUUCUGCAUUGGAUAAAGAGGAUACAGGGUUUGUAAAGGCUACAGAAUUUGGACAAGUUCUUAAGGAUUUCUGUUACAACCUAACAGACAAUCAGUAUCAUUAUUUUUUGAGGAAACUAAGAAUUCAUCUGGCCCCCUCUAUCAAUUGGAAAUAUUUUCUCCAGAACCUUAGCUGUUUCUUUGAGGAGACAGCUGAUGAGUGGGCUGAGAAAAUGCCCAAAAGCUCGCCGCCUUCUUCUCCCAAGACCGUGGCCAACAGAGACCUCCUGGCUCGUCUCCACAAAGCAGUGACUUCCCAUUACCAUGCCAUCGCCCAGGACUGUGAGAAUUUUGACACCAUGAAAACGAACACCAUCUCCAGAGAUGAGUUCAGGGCCAUUUGCACUCGCCACGUCCAAAUCCUGACGGACGAACAGUUUGACAGACUCUGGAACGAGAUGCCAGUCAAUGCCAAGGGGAGGCUGAAAUGCCCGGACUUCCUGAGCAGGUUCAGUUCUGAGACACCAGCCACACCGAUGGCCUCGGGCGACUCGGUCGCAGCCCAGGGAGGGAGCAGCGUCCCUGACGUCUCGGAAAGCACCAGAUCUGCCCUCUCAUCGCCCACUCGGGAGCUGAGACCAGAGUCAAAGUCUCGGAGUCACCCCUGUACUCCAGCGAACACCGCCGCCAUCCCGGGCACUCCACCCUUGCAGAACUGCGAUCCCAUAGAGAGCAGGCUCCGGAAGAGAAUCCAGGGCUGCUGGCGACAGCUCCUGAAGGAGUGCAAGGAGAAGGAUGUGGGCAGACAGGGGAGCAUCAGCACCUCCGAGUUCCUGGCUCUUGUGGAGAAAUUCAGCCUGGACAUAAGCAAAGAGGAGUGUCAGCAGCUCGUUAUAAAAUACGACUUAAAGAACAACGGGAAAUUUGCAUACUGCGACUUCAUUCAGAGCUGCGUCCUCCUGCUGAAGGCGAAGGAAACCUCACUGAUGCAGAGACUGAGGAUCCAGAACGCACACAAAAUGAAAGAAGCUGGCGCCGAGACCUCUUCCUUCUACUCUGCUCUGCUGCGUAUUCAGCCCAAAAUUGUGCACUGCUGGAGGCCGAUGCGGCGAACGUUCAAGAGCUAUGAUGAGGCUGGUACGGGGCUGCUCAGCGUGGCGGAUUUCAGGACGGUGAGCCCGGCUCUGCACCCAGCACCUCUGCAGCGAGCAGCUGCCGGAUGCCAGUGGCCAGAAACUUCCAAUGGGGUGGGGGGGGGGGCCUCCACCCCCUGCUCAAAGCCUACUGUGACCUGGCUGUCUCAGAUCUCACUUCCUUGGGACCCCCGAGUGAUCAAGGCCUGAGUCCACUUGCGUCUCCCCUGCAGACCUCAAGUUCUCCUUCCCAAAAGUUUCUGGAGCCCCGCAUGGAUGCUCCGUGCCUCCAUGGCGUGAGCGCAGGUCCCUUAAGGCACCGCCACCGCUGCUCCAAGCCUUUGCCCCGUAUCUGGGCUCCCCUGCAGGCUCUGAAGAGCGUCUCUGACCUAUGUUGGGCCUGCACAGUGAGCCCUGCCCCUGCAGUGCAUAGUGGGGCACCACCAUUGGGCAUCUGUCCCAACGUCCCUCGGUGCCCCCCUACUGUGUCCAACCCCCAUAGCCUCACCAACACCCUGCAGUGGUUUUCCAAUCCACACACACAUUCCUCUUUCCUUCCGGGUCAAGUAUGACUCACAGGGAUUCUCCCUUACCCUCCAUGCAAAGACAGGCAGGAAAUAGGGCAGGCUGUCAUUCCCUUCCCGCAGCUUUCCGGGAACUCGGGCAUGGUUGCAGGUCGGAUGGUGUAACUGUGGGGCCGUCUCGGACACCAGGCUCAGCUUCCUUUGCUUCCUUUUCUACCUUCAUCCCGUUGGACCUGGUGGCCAGCCCGACCUCUGGGCCGUCCAGCCUGGCUUUCCAGUCUCCUCCUGCAAACAAAUGAUAACUCAGGGGUGGACAGGAAAUGGACGACCUUACUUAUUUAUUGCGAGGCUCUGUCAGGAUUUGUUUCAGCAUCAUAUAGCAGGAGAAGAGAAUAACUGCCGCUUAAACAAGGUGAAAGUUUACUUCGCUCCCACAGAAAGGAAGUCCAGGGGUAGGGAGUGCAGAGCUGGUGUGGUGGCUGGACAGUCAUCGGGGACCACACUUUUGCUCUGCUGUCCCCAACUGCUGGCUUUCUUCCUCAAGCCAACCUCAUGGUCCAAGGUGGCUGCUGGCGCUCCUGCAUUAUAGCCACACUCCAGGCAGCAGGUGGAAAAAGAGGAGAGAGAAAAAGGGCAUGUCCCUCUCCUUUAAAGAAGGCUUCCCAGAUGUUCUGCAUAACGGCUGUACUUAGAUUCUCUGGCCAGAACUUAACUAGCUGCAGGAGACGCUGAGACAUA